AUGAACAGGAAGCUCAUCAGGCAUCAGAGGAUCCACAUGAGCGAGCCCUUUAAAUGCACCGAGUGUGGAAAAAGUUUCACCCAGAGGUCAAACCUUGUGAGGCACCAGCGGAUCCACACCAGGGAGGAGCCAUACAAAUGUCCCGAAUGCGAGAAGACCUUCAAUCAGAAGGCCAACCUCUUCAGGCACCAGACGAUCCACAUCAGGAUGGGACCAUGCAAAUGCACCAAGUGUGGGAAAUGCUUCACUCAGAAGAAAAACCUUAUUAGACACCAGACGCUGCACUCCAGAGGCGGGGCUUAUAAAUGCACGGUGUGUGGGAAACGGUACAGACUGAAGAAAUAUCUGAGGAGGCACCAGAAAAUCCAUAUGAGGGAGGGACCCACCGGGCGUGCAAAACGGGGGGAAAAACUGGGGGUACCAAUGAGCAUUAGCAACCACCCCCAGACCCACCCAGAACAAAGAGAGCUCCCGGCUGUGAAAAGUGAGGAGAGCAACCUCUAG